AAUAGUCAUAUAAUUUAUAAAUCGGGCAAACAUGAUACGGUGCUUAUUGAGAAUCUGGAUUCGGCACCAGUUGUUGUAAUGAUGAAAGGUAUGGACAAAUGUUGCGACCACGAUAAAAAGAUUAAGUUUGUCUGUGAAGAUCACUCCAAACUAUGUUGCAAUACAUGUGCGUUCAUACACAGGAAGUGCGACAACGUCAAUGCACUGGCCAGUCUAUCAAGUAAAGAAGGACUAGAGUUGCAGGAAUUGUAUAGUACGCUCCUUAAAUUGGAGACCGAGACUUGUUCAAUCAUAGUGGACUGUAACCUAUCAGAAGCUGCAUUCAAUGAGGCCAAUGCAAAUCUUCUGAAAGAGCUAGAUAAAAUGAAGGAUCGUAUUAUCGAGAUAUUUGAUAAAGCAAAAUCAAAGAUGAUUGCAGAGGCAGAGAACUUCAAAGCCGAGGAGAUGAAGCGAUUAGGCGAAAGGACUAAGGCUACUUCGAAAGUGAAUGAAGACAUCCAUGAAUUGCUACCGGUUAGUUCAGCUCUUAUAAAACAUGGAAAACCUCAACAAAAAUAUAUCAUCUCACACAUUAUGAAAGAGAAAAUAAAAUAUAUAGAAACCCAUAUCAUCGAGCAACGAAACAAACAUAUCACCUCAAAUGUUGCCUUAAAAUUUUCAAAACAACUAUCGUCACUUCUGAAAGAGGAAGAAGGCAUUGUAAAACUGAAUGCAGAGCGACACUUGACGUAUAAAGAUGCUGUGCAAACAGGUCCGACUAAAUUGCAAGAAUCGUCUGAAGUUAAAAAGGAAACCACCGUUUUAAAUAAAGAUGUUUCUCCUACUGCACGAGCCGCUCGCACUUCUUCAACCUUGCAGAAGAGUACGAGUAAAUCGUAUUUGAGCCACCAGGUCACUGCAGAAUCUGCGUGGAAGGCACAACCGUUUUGCCCCGUAACAUCGUUCCAGUAUGUUGUAAACAUAAGUCAGCCGAUAGUACAAGUAUCAUCUGACAUUAACACGGGAACAACCGAUUCAAAUAAAGGUUCUUCUAGUGACAUUGCUCUGUCAGCUCCGAUUAAACCACUUACACUUGAACUGAUUGUGUCCAUGGAUUUACAACAUGCUGGAUAUGGUAUAAAGGAACCUUUUUUCACUGGACUGGACUUUUUCCCUGACGGGCGACUGGUAGCCGUAGACAACAUAAAUAGGAAAUGUAUUAUACUUGAUGAUCAUCUACAGAGUCAAGGGACAUCUUAUACAUUCAAUAAAAAUCCAUUUGAGGUCGUAUGUUUGUCUGACAGCGAUCUUGCAGUGACGAUGUGUGAGAAGUCUGUGUUUCUUCUGACCGUGAGUUCGAGCAACGAUAUAUAUCUGAUAAUAGAAAUAAAAAUUCCAUCCAAUGUUUUCUCGGCAUGCUGCAUGACGCCAGAAACUAUGAUCGUAAGCACAUACGAUGAUUCACGUCCUGUAAGAAUGUUAUCACUGGGAGGUGUAGAGACUGACUUUGAUCAUGCAGUGGUUCCCAAGAAAUUUAAACUUUGGGGAAGUAAGACCACGUACGUUAAGUCUAAUAACAUGUUAGUACUGACUGACAGGUUUGCUAACAAGGUGCACAUGUACAACACCAUGACGCGCAUGUGUAGAGAGGUCACAGAUGAGAACCUAAAAGAACCACGUGGUGUGUGUGUCGGGCCUGGUAACACGGUGUUGGUGUGCAGUAGGUUGAAUAACUGCAUCGUGCACUUGACUGUGGAUGGCAAUAUACUGGGAACCUACCCAGUAGAUUUGAAUGGGCCAUACAGCAUUUGCAUAAACAGUGAUGAAACAAGACUAGCGGUAUCAGGUGGUGAAACAGGAAAUACAAAAUUGUUGUUGUACAAAAUGCAUAAGGCGUACAAAAUACCAUACCAUAGGUAGAAUACAAUAUAAAUUAAUAUAUAUUUUUCAUUUCAUAACGGAGUGUUUGAAAAAAUAUCUUCUAACCGAUUUUUAAUAUAUAUAUAAA